UUCAUUAUGUCUAAAGCAAGAAUAACACCAUUAGAGGAUCAAAAGGACUUGAAAAUACCCCGGCAGGAAUUAUUAGCAUAUUUGAUUGGUAGCAGGCUUAUGAAGUAUGUUAAAGCAAACAUAGACUUACUUAUUCAGAAACACUAUUUGUGGACAGAUAGUCUGGUUGUGCUCGGGUGGAUGAAAUCAAGUAAACUACUGUCCCCAUUUAUUACCCGUCGUGUUAAUGAAAUCAAGGAAAACAAAGAAUUUGAAUUUCGUUAUGUGGAUACAAAUAGGAAUCCAGCUGAUUUGGCCACCCGGCCUGACUUGUGGGAGAGUAAAAAGGAAUUAUGGUUCAAGGGACCUGAAUUCCUUUCCAAGGAUCCAGUACAUUGGCCAAGUACAACAAAAACUGAAGAUCGACGAGCUUUUCUUGUGGCCGGGGAGGGCCUGGACAUUGUCGAUGAUCCAGAGAUGUCAGUGGAGGAUAGCGAGGUCAUACCCCAUGUCCAAAUAGAUAUGGAUCUUGAUGGCCAUGAAACUCAAGAACAGGAACACGUUAUCCAAGAAAAGAUUGAUACUAACGAAAAUAAAACACAUUUAAUAGAAAUUAUAAACCUACAAAAGGAACAUUUCCCAGAAGAAGUUAGUGGAAAAGAAACUCAUCUGACCAGAAACUUAGGGCUGUAUCUAGACGUAGAUGGAAUGUUGAGAAGUCGAGGACGACUAUCGAAUACUCGUUGGAACUAUGAUAUGAAACACCCAAUUCUUUUACCGCCAAAAUCUGAUUUUACUGAUAAGGUUAUCCGGGAGACUCACCAAGAAAACUACCAUGUGGGAGUUCCGCAUACCUUGAAUAUAAUACGUGAAAAAUACUGGAUACUUCAGGGAAGAACACAAGUACAGAGGGUACUUAAAUCCUGCAAACAAUGUAUUAAACAGGGUGGGGGACCAUACCGUCUCCCUCCUACACCAGCUUUACCCGAGGAGCGAGUUAAUUACAGUGAUCCUUAUACUUACACAGGUCUUGACUAUUUCGGGCCAGUAUUGGUAACAACAAACCUGCAAAAAGAGAAACGGUGGGUAUGCUUAUUUACCUGUCUUGCUGUCAGAGCUGUUCACAUGGAGAUAGUAAAGGACUUAACAGCUGAAGAAUGUUUGCUUGCUUUGAGACGUUUCAUAGCAUCAAGAGGAAAGCCAAAGAUGAUAUUAUCGGACAAUGCACCUCAAUUCAAGCUGACGUCAGAACUUCUGGCGAGCCCAUAUUGUGUAAAAAACAGCAUUAAGUGGAAGUUUAUCCCUCAACUGGCACCAUGGCACGGAGGAGUCUAUGAACGAAUGAUAGCACUGGCAAAGCAUUGUAUGAAGCGCACGUUGGAAAAACACUUAUUGAAUGAUAACCAGUUACUCACAGUAGUUAAAGAGAUUGAGGGAGUCAUCAAUACAAGACCUCUGACGUAUGUUAGCGCAGAGUUUGACCGUGUGCUGAGACCAGUGGACUUCUUGAGAUUAGGUAACUGCGCGAUUCUCGAACCAAUGGAGAUAGACAACUCUGGCAAGAUUACUGCCACGAAAGUAGACCUAAUUGCAGGCUGGAAAAGAGGUAUCAUGAUCUUAGGGGAGUUUAAGGAUAUGUUCAUAAGACAAUACCUAACAAGUCUGAGGGAAAAGCACAGAUAUUCCAUCAAGCAACCUAGAUCCACUUCUGAUAAAUUACCACAAAUAGGUGAUAUGGUUCAGAUAUACGAUGAAUCUAAGAAAAGGAUAAACUGGAAAGAAGGGAGGAUUACCACCUUGAUCAAGAGUCUAGAUGGACAGUGUAGAGUAGCAAAAGUAAAGGUUGGCGACACGGAGUUUACUAGAUCCUUAGGUCACCUUUAUCCACUGGAAACUGACUAUACAGGAGAAUCUUCAGGAGCAGAAAUUCCUGUAGUAGAACAGAUGGAACUUACUUUACCAGCAGAUCGUAUCAACAUAGAGUUAGAUAAGAUCCCGUUAGAGAAUACACAUCAACCAGAAAGCUGUCAAACUCAGAUACAAGAUGACAUGAAGGUAACAAAUGAAGCACAUAGUCAAGAACAAGCUGAGGUGGUUCAGGGCAUAGAAUUGUCUUCGAAUGAGUCGGAAGUUACUGAUAGGCAAGAAAAAGUUCAACAAGAGUCUGAGGAUACUCCACAAGACAGGGAGCUGAGUAACUCACCUGCCGAGAUGAGACCAGAGCGGAUUGCAGCUCAACGAGCCCGAGAGAAGAUUGCUGAGUGGACACGCCACUUAGCAGCUCUCUUAUAAACUUCUUUGAUGUCGGGGAGUGUCGCGAAUCAUCGCGAUCCUGUGGCGGUGGAAACAAUCUCCAGGCACCAGAGUCAAGUCGUCUUGUAGCGAAGCAAUUCUUAAGCAACCCAGCGAAUACCGGACGUUCAGGUAGGACUUGGAAAUUAUAAUGAUUGCCGCCAAUAUGUUAACGCCAAAAUUCAAGUUGAUAGAA